AUGCCCAUGACCCCACAGACAUCGGCUAUAAUCAUUUCAAUAUGUUCCGCUCUUAAAGCCUUGAAGAAUCUCACCAUCGCCUUAAACGAGAUUCCCCGCCUUCGCGUUGAAGUCAAGCCCAACGAGCGUGACUUCACCCUCCCAGAGGUCCGUCGUAUCCUCACCUUUCUCUGGUCCGCUUCACCUCGUCUGAACCAGCUGCAUGCUCUAUACUGCGGACCAGGCUCACUCGUUGCUCCAGGUCUCGAAUUUGCACGUAUUUUCAGCACCGAUUUGCACGCCUUCCUUUCUGAUGCCGAAUGGCGCGGUAAGCCCACCGAAGCCUUCUUCACCCGUGGUCUACCAAUUGCUAACAAGGUCAACAUGCUCGAACCACCCUCCAUCCGCGGGUCAGACAUAGAAAACGAAGCAAUUAUCCGAGUCAACACCACCGAAAGCUUCAAAGAUAUCAUGCAUGGCACCGAGAUCCAUGUCAGGGACUGGGAAGGUCAACCCGGUAUCUUCCCUGGCGCCUACGACUUCUCUAGGCUCAUCGAAAAAGACCCUAUGAAGAGAACCAUAGGAUUUUCGCAGCAUGCCGGCACGCUGGACUCCGCCGCCAUCGAGAACUGGAUCAAGGUAUGCCACGGCAUUGUCAACUUUUGCCUGAACGAAACUGAGGACCGAAUAGAACGUUUGCUUGAACGGUUGAAACAGCCCAAUUCUGCGUUUGAAUUCUCUGGUUCGUACACAACAACUCAAUUUCUUGAAGAUAUUGACCUCCAUGAACAAGCAGCAUACUAUGAACUUCUGAACCGGACCCCGUUCGUUCCGGAACUUGACACUCACCGCCUCCGCAAACCCGCCAUCAACCUCGAAGACGACGGAGACUUGUCCCCGUACACCUUCGGCAUCGAACUUGAGUUCCUCGUUCCUUUCACCAACACCAAACAUACUGGCAAAGACACCAAAGACCAGCGCUGGGUCUACGACCAUUUCACUCCAUAUGUCAUCCCAAGUCCGAGCAGGCCCACUACGCAGAAUGAGCGCGACGAGCUGGCUGAUCUGAUGGAUAAAUACCUCGGUACGCAACCCAAAGACGAGCGCGGCCAGGCUCACGACGAAUCAGCAAAACAUCUAGAAACCAUACUCUGCGACGCAGGCCACUUUAGCGCCACGUUCGACACUAUCUUUGGCCUCCAAGGUAAGUUUGAGGGCAAGGUCUCUAUGCCCGGAAUUCAAUCUGUCGCAGACGUCGCGGGAUGUCACCUUCACUUCUUCGAAGAUGUCCUUGCAGAGUUCCAGUGCUGGUAUAUCGAGAGAGAUCCCAGCCUUUCGGAUUGGGCUUCUGGUGAAAAUGGAUACGCCGGGCACAUCGGGAUAGAAAUGUCCAGUCCCGUGAUGCGUGACUCGCCCAAAGAUUUCGGCAAGAUAGUCGACGUGCUGAGGAUUCUCCGUGGCGGGCUGAGGCCGAUGCUGGACAUCAGCUGUGGUCUCCACGUUCACGUAGGUAGCGUUCGCGGCUUUUCUCUCCGCAGCUUGAAGCGCAUCGCCACAUUGAUUAUGGUUGCUGACCCAAUUUUAUACACCCUCGUUCAUCCGUCGAGACAGUGGAAUCCCAUGACGGAGCCUCUCCAUCUCGAAGCGACUGUCGCAAAGGCCGAGGAUUUGCCCGACUACACCGCAGCGUUUGCAUUCGAGGACGCAGAUGACAAGUCGGAAAGUAACCCCCUCCAGGUGGUCAUGACCAAGGUGCUCUUGGAUUUAGAGGCCAACGUCCCCAUGAACGACUUGCCCCGGAAGCUGCGGGGUCAACUGGCCAAGAUCUGGGCUACGGAUAGUCUUGCCAGCCUUCUAGGCCAGCUCGCCCCGUUCCGUGGAUGCAAGGGCGGUACCGCCUUUGGCGCGCUCAAGUGGGAUUUUACGAAGCCGAGCAACGACCCGCGAGUGAGGGGAACCAUCGAGUUCAGAAUGCUCGAGGGCACGCUUGAUCCGGUGCUCAUCACCCACUGGACUAAGCUGCUUCUCAGGAUUGUGGAAAGAGGGGACGCUGCGACCACGAAGGAGUACUUUCAGGUACUUUCUACCCUUGCUGAGGGGCGUGAAAGUGCGAAGGAGAAUCUUGCUGCGUUGUUGGGUUCACUUGGCCUUGAGAAGCACCUGCCGUUCUGGAGCAAGGUCUUGGAGAAGAAUCAAGCUUUGGACGUCGAACUAGAAGAAAACGAUUAUGGGAGGAAGAUCAUGCCUGAGGAUUGGGAGUUGCCCAUAUAUCGAGACACGGAAGGCAAUAGGCAGGAGUUCGAACGCAGCUGGUAUGAGCGGAACGUCAUCAGACUCCCAGAGCUUGACGAGGAUAUUUGGGACAGGAUCAUAGAUAUUCUUUGA